UGCCCUUCCCGGCGGCACACCCCAGCAGUGCGCAUGCUCGCAAGUGAGGUCAGCGGCAGAGCGGUCGGUGAUUGGCAGGUUUCAGGAGCAGCGCGCUGUUUGAAAACGGGGAGACGUUGGAGCGCGAGGAGACGGUACGAGGGGGUGAGGGUGGUGCUUGAGUUGUUGGAACUGCUUUUAAACGGGCAAAUGGUGAGAAUUUCAUCGGACUCCAGAUGUGGUUGGAACUACAGCUGCAUGAAAAUGGCUGCAGGAAUCAUUUCUCCAAAUAUCUACUCUGACGAAGAGGAGGUGGCCAUUUUGGAAUCGACCUCAGUGAGUGGUGACGUGAAAAAGCAGUUGUUACCAGACUUUUCUGUCAUCUCGUCGGCAAACAAUGUGCAAGGUGGUUCUCAUUUGGGGGACACUGCUGCAGAGACUUCUCAAGAAGUCAGAAUUAAGGUUUACCUCCGGGUUAGACCUUUCACAGAAGCAGAGCUGGAGAAAGGUGAAUCGCAGGAUUGCGUUCUGAUUGAGAACUCCGAGAAACUUGUACUGCGAGCUCCCAAGGCUUCAUUCGCUAUGAAGAGCAGUGAGCGGGGGAUUGGGCAGGCCAUGCACAAAUUUACCUUCACACAGGUUUGGAAUAAGAGAUUUAUUUAAUGGGUUAGGCUAAAC